AUGUCCGAAGACGAACCAAGAGUGAUAUACUCGUCCUCCCUGUUGUUCUCGAAACCUCCGGUGGAGGCAAUGGAGGUGUUGAAGAUCCGCCAUGCACAAUUGAACGAGAUAAACAAAAGCAUGGCCAGCUUUUUCGCUGAUUAUGGCAGAUUGCGUGUCCAGUAUCUAAACGAGCUGGGCAAGGUACUCAAAAGGGGUGAAACCCUGUUUAGCGGGCCGAAAUUCCAGAAUGACAAGGUGGAAGCUUUGGGUUUGUUGAAUCCACUAUGGCAUUCCGUGUUGAAGCAACUUGUUGAUGAAUUCGAUAGUGUUCAGAAGAACAACGACGUUCUGGCCAGUCAGGUUGUGCAUCCACUCAAGGGCUAUGCCAAACAAUAUGACUCCAACCUUGUAGAGAUGGACGAUUUAACUACUCUGGCCAGUCAGAUGAGCACCCUGGAGGCAUCUGGAUCUCAGGGAACGGAACUCCAGGGUUUGAAGAACGAGUGGGAGAGCCGUGCUCCUUACUUCUUUGAAAUCUUUGAAACCUACGAUUUCAACCGGAUUGUGUUUCUGAAAAAUGCGUUGCUCAAGUAUCAAACCGACGUGAAUGAUUCUCUUGACCAGAAGAAAAAGCUGAACGAAACGGCUCUUGAGUUGGUGCUUAAUCUGAAUCCUGCUGACGAGAUUGCGCGCUUUUCCGAGGCUGCCGGUAAGCAAACGUUUGACGUUCCUCAGCCUAAAGAGAGAAUUGUUUCAACGUCUUCUGAAUCUACAACUCCCGGUCACAAGCAUCGUUCUUCGCAUAUAUUCCCACAUAGAAAGAACAGAGACUCGGUGGUUGCAACUCCAACCAAACACUCUGCUCCUCCUAUAGCGCAUACUCCGUCUUCAGCCGCUUCUGCCCGUGAUAACCAUUCCAUCCAAACUGAACGUUCCGAUUUGAGUCCCAGCAAACAGAAGACGAAGCUGAGAUCGAAGGUGGGAUCCAUUUUUGGACGGAAGAAGGAUAAAAAGCGAGUGACUUCUUCGCUGGAGCCUCUGGGGUCUGAGUCGUCGUCUCUGGUCUCGGGGUCUCGUAACGCUUCAACUUUGAGUUUGGGUCGUUCAGCUGCUGCUCCUCCUGUCCCCUCCAAGGAGACUGAAGCUGCGACUGCUCCACCAGCAAUUGCCGCUGAUCCGGUUGCACCUGUCAGUUCUGCUGCUCCACAAGCUGUGGCUGAAUCAGAACCGGACACUGCCUCCUCGCAGCCUGUAUCAACUUUCACACCAAUGCAAGUCACCAAACGCGCCAGUUCUGUGAAAUCCUCGGAGCUAUUAGCGUCUGCCCCAGCUUCUAUCCCAGCUCCAGCCUCGGUUGGGGCCCCAACUCCAAUCUCAACAACUGGUCACACAGUGGUUGCUCCACCACCACCUGCUGCUCGCAAACAUGGUGGUGCUUCCUCGGUUUCAGGCUCCGAGCCUUUCGGUUCGCCUGAGCAAAUUCGCACCGUUCCACACGCUGCCACUGCUCCCCCUCCUCCAACUCAGAGACAGAGCAUGGUGUUUGCCAAUGGGUCAGCCUCGGGAUCAGCUUCGGGCCUGACACCUCCAUUCAGAGCUGCAAGUGUAGUUUCCCACUCUUACAACGGGGAAGCUGCUCUGACGCCCCAGGGAACGGGUGCAAUGAGUAUCAUGUCCAAUCAGACUGGCGGAUUACUGAGUAAUGGCCAGAUCCACCAUCCUCAACUCACCUAUCCCGGCUUGAAUGCCAGUGUGGUGGAACUGUUCAAUGCCAGUUAUAAAAAUGGCGUUCUGCAACGGGCCAACGUGGUUGGAGAAAUAGCCUUCAGCUUUAUUGUGAGCGAGAACGUGAGUCCUCCGAAGAGCAUCCUGCUCCAGCUGGGCUCGCUUUCUGCUGGUGCUCCCAACUCCUUUCUGGUGAAUGACACCUUCUUGAAGCAAAAUUCUGAGUCCUCCUUCACCAUCACCGAUCCCAAGCAGAUUGUUCUUCGUGCGAUUGGGGGUCUGAAAUAUGUAUUGAACACUCCUCAGCCGCCUAUCUCCAUCCAACAGAUCUGGAGAUACGAGCCACACCAGGCUUCUGCUGUUAUCUUGGUUAAAAUCUCGCCAGAGGUCGCAAGCAGAAUGGGCCCAGAAGACUCUCUGGUGCUGAGCAACUUCGUUAUCGCACUGUCCAUUGCCGGGGCACCUGCCAGUUCGGCUGCAACCAAGCCACCAGCCAGUUUCAACAGGGAAAAGGCCAGAGUCACGUGGAACUUGUCUUCCUCUCCGCUGGUUCUUAAGGUUGGUCAGGAGGAGAAAUUCACCGUUAGGUUCAUGACGGCUGGCCAGGCCCAUGAGUCUGACAGCGGAUGUCAGGUCCGCUUCACCAUCAACAACGACGAUGGAGUUCACUUUGUGGACUCCGGGUUCACUAUUCAGCAGCAGGCUGUUCUGGAUUCCGAGGAGGAUCCUUUCAGUUCGACUGAAAACGUUGGUGAAUGGACGUACAUCCCAACAUUGAAGACCGUGGUGGCCGGCGCAUACUCUGGUCAUAGUUAG